AUGAUGUUGUAUUCCAGGUGGUCUGCCAUAGCAGCUAGGCUACCAGGAAGAACAGACAAUGAGAUAAAAAAUUUCUGGCACUCCCAUCUCAAGAAGAGACUGAAACACAAGUUGGCCACCCUAGACACAAUUCCCAAAUGCAAAAUGGGGGAUGCAAGAAGAUCAAAGACUGCAAAUAUGCCGAUGGACCCGAGAAUUGAAAGUCCAGGCCAUGCACCAAUCUUGCCAACCCAGCUCCUGUCAGCUACCACAGCUGGUUCUGCAUUGGAAGCUGAUAGUAUUAAUGGUUCCAGUGCAAAUAGCUGCAAUGUGAAUGAUGAUUUGUUUCCACAGUUAGAACAGAAAUGCAAGGAGAAGUUGGUUGAGAAAGGACCAUCUGUAUGUAUUAUUGUAGAAUUUGUGUCAAUUGCAGCUGAAUGA